AGGCGAGAGACUUGUUGUUUCCUGGCAGAGCGGGGUCCCGGCCCCGCGGCUCUCUGGUUUUGUGUGGGUCCCGGGUGGAGGGCCCGGGUGCCGGGGCCCGAGGUGCCGCCUCGCUAGCGGGAGAGGGAGCGGGAGCGGGAGCAGCGGCCCGGAGAGAGGUGAGGGGCUCUGCGCGGACCGCGGCCCCGCCGCCCCCCGCCGGCCCCGCCCCCUUCUCUGAGCCCGCUCCGCCCGAGCCCCCGUCGAAUGCCACCCCGCCCCCCCGGCCUGGCGCGGCCGGCCGACCCCGCCUCCGGUGGACCCCCUCCGAGCCUGUGGCCUCACCUCUGACCCCCGGGACCAGCCUCCCCGCCCUCCAGUGUGCCCGUCUGGACCCCUCCCACGCCUCCAAACCCUACCCGGCCCUGGACGAGGCCGUCCGAGCGAGGGUCCUCGCGAAUCCGGGAGCUGCUUGCCGCUGCCCGGCGGGAUUCUACCGGCCCAGCCUUCCUAGGGGUGCUUAGGACACCCGGUCCCCACAUCUGCGAGGGUAGCUUUUGCACGGGCUCCAGAGUCUACAGGGCGGGAGGAUGGAGACAGACCCUAAUUGGAACUGAGGUUCAGGGCAGCUCUCAGGGCCAGUGUGGGGCAAGAGGAUGCUUUCCCAGCCCCACCAUGGAGCUCCGCUGUGGGGGACUGCUGUUCAGUUCUCGCUUUGAUUCAGGGAACCUAGCCCAUGUGGAAAAGGUGGAGCCUGUGCCUAGUGAUGGGGAAGGAGCGGGAGGGGUGGCCUCGGCCCCCACUGGUGGCAUUGCUUCUUCCCCUGACUACGAGUUCAACGUGUGGACCCGGCCGGACUGUGCUGAGACAGAAUUUGAGAACGGGAACAGAUCAUGGUUCUACUUCAGUGUCCGGGGAGGAACCCCAGGCAAACUUAUCAAGAUCAACAUUAUGAACAUGAACAAGCAGAGCAAGCUGUAUUCUCAGGGCAUGGCCCCCUUUGUGCGCACCCUGCCUUCCCGGCCACGCUGGGAACGCAUUCGAGACAGACCCACCUUUGAGAUGACAGAGACACAGUUUGUGCUGUCCUUUGUGCACCGUUUUGUGGAGGGCCGGGGAGCCACCACCUUCUUCGCCUUCUGCUACCCAUUCUCCUACAGUGACUGCCAGGAUUUGCUAAACCAGCUAGACCAGCGCUUUCCAGAGACUUACUCUACCCAGAGCAGUCCUCUGGACAGCAUCUAUUACCACCGGGAACUUCUCUGCCACUCUCUGGACGGACUUCGGGUAGAUCUACUAACAGUCACUUCCUGCCACGGGCUUCGAGAAGACCGGGAACCCCGUCUGGAGCAGCUAUUCCCUGACCUCAGCACUCCCCGGCCAUUCCGUUUCACAGGCAAAAGGAUAUUCUUCUUAAGCAGCAGGGUACACCCUGGAGAGACUCCAUCUAGCUUUGUCUUCAAUGGCUUUUUGGACUUCAUCCUUCGACCUGAUGACCCCCGGGCGCAAACCCUACGUCGACUCUUCGUCUUUAAGCUGAUUCCCAUGUUAAACCCUGAUGGUGUGGUUCGGGGUCACUACCGCACAGACUCACGUGGGGUGAAUCUGAACCGUCAGUACCUGAAGCCUGAUGCUAUCCUACACCCAGCCAUCUACGGCGCUAAAGCUGUACUUCUCUACCAUCACGUACACUCCCGUCUCAACUCCAAGAGUCCCAGUGUCCAGCAGCCCAGUCUCCAUCUCCCUCUUGAGACUCCUCUUUCUGACCUCGAGAAAGCCAAUAACCUCCACAAUGAAGCACACCGUGGGCAGUCACCUGCUGGGGAAAACACUAAGACCUGGACUGAGACCAAGCCAGCAGAAGAGAAGACUGAAUCUGUGUGGAUUGUGCCACAACAGCCUCCUGAACUGGAGGAGCCAGCCCCUGACAGCAUCCCCCCAAAAGAGAGUGGUGUUGCUUACUAUGUGGACUUGCAUGGACAUGCUUCCAAAAGGGGCUGCUUCAUGUAUGGAAACAGCUUUAGUGAUGAGAGCACCCAGGUGGAGAACAUGCUAUAUCCAAAGCUCAUCUCCUUGAAUUCAGCCCACUUUGACUUCCAGGGCUGUAAUUUCUCAGAGAAGAACAUGUAUGCCCGAGACCGUAGAGAUGGCCAGUCCAAAGAGGGAAGCGGCCGUGUUGCAAUCUACAAAGCCUCAGGGAUAAUACACAGCUACACACUUGAAUGCAACUACAACACUGGCCGCUCAGUAAACAGCAUCCCUGCUGCCUGCCACGACAAUGGGCGUGCCAGCCCCCCUCCCCCGCCGGCCUUCCCGUCCAGAUACACUGUGGAACUCUUUGAGCAGGUGGGAAGAGCUAUGGCCAUCGCGGCCCUGGAUAUGGCUGAAUGUAACCCCUGGCCCCGGAUUGUGCUGUCAGAACACAACAGCCUCACUAACCUGCGGGCCUGGAUGCUGAAGCAUGUGCGCAACAGCAGAGGUCUGACCAGCACUGUGAAUGUGAGCGUGAAUAAGAAGAGAGGCUCCCGGACUCCUCCCAAAAGUAACAAUGCAGUGCCUGUUUCCUGCUCUGAAAAUGCUGGGAGCCGGGCUCGAAGUCUCAGCACCGGUGCAGGCGGCGGCGGCGGCGGCGGCGGCGGCGGCGGCGGCGGCGGCCAACAAAACUCCCCACAGAUGAAGAACUCUCCCAGCUUUCCUUUUCAUGGCAGUCGGCCUGCAGGGCUGCCAGGCCUGGGCUCUAGCACCCAGAAGGUCAGCCAUCGGGUGCUGGGCCCUGUCAGAGAGCCCCGAUGCCCAGACAGGAGACGGCGGCAGCAGCCACUGAACCAUCGACCUACCACAAGCAGCCUGGCCCCAUCCCCAACUCUUCCUAGUUCUGGCCCAGCCUCCUCACGAAACCUGGGCUCCUGCCUACUGCCCAAUUCACUCAGCUUAUCAGGCAGCAGCUGCUCAUUCUCGUCUUCAGGGGACAAGCCAGAGGCUGUCAUGGUGAUUGGGAAAAGUCUGCUAGGGGCUGGUGCUCGGAUCCCCUGCAUUAGGACUCGUUUGCAGACCUGCCCGAGGAGAGUUUCCGCCAGGAGGGGUCCCGGAUUCCCCAGAUUCUUCUGCAUGGAAACUCUCGAAGCAGAAAAGCCUCAUGGAAGAGCCCAACCUCUUAGACUACCCCUGUCCACACAGGCUAGGCCCAGGUUGGGCCGGAGCUCACCGCCGACUCGCAGAGGGAUGAGAGGCUCUUCAAGCCCCACAUCCCCUAUCCCCCAAACCAGAGAGAGCAGUGAGCAGGAGCCGGGACCCCGCUCUGCUACACCAGGGCUGCCUCAGGCCGGCCCCCCACGGCCCCGCUCUGCCCCUGCCUCUUCUCCUAUUUCCUGUACUCUCUCUGACUCCCCAACCCGGAUUUGUUACAGCAGGGGGCCCUUGAACCAAUGUGAGGUUUGUUUUGUCCCUAAAUCUCCAUCACUCACUAUUUUUCCCAGGGUCUGACAAUGCCUUUACCUCCAUGCCCAGGAUAUAGACCUAAGGUGAGGGAACACAGUGAAACGCUAUGUUAGUCCCGUCUUCCAGCUGCUGAUACCAUGUGACAACCAUAGAAUACUGGAAUACUGGCCACACUGUCCGAGGCCUUGCAGAACAUCACCUUGAGACAGAACAAAACAGGGACCUGCCACCCCUUCCCUCCCUCCACAGCACAAGAUUUUGGGACCACAAAAAAAUACAUAUCUAUAUUUUUGUAUUGGGGGGAGGGUGUAGAAAAGAAAGCAGCCCCUAUACUGGGCCCUAUUCAGUGGCAGCUUCUUGUUCCAUAGGGUUAAGGAAGACUUUGAGGAAAUAAAAGUUGUUUG